CCGGCCUCUCAGAAAAAAAAUGCUAGAACAUAUGGCCCGACUUCCCAAAUAGUAGGCUAAAGGACGGGGUCACAAACCAAUGAAACGGAUGAGGAGGUGGGAUCACCGCUUUCAUCGCGCAAGAAGUACCGUUACAGGGCAGACUUUUUGUCCAAUCAACGCCUCCAGACUUUGGGUCAGGUGACCAUAGAGUGCGGGGGGCGGAGCUACAGUCUGGCGCGAGGAACCGUUAAGAUGGACAACGAAUAUAACCAAUGAGGUACUCUGACUAGGGCGUUGGGAACCCAAUAACAGUGGUCGGGCGGGCGCCUUCCCGGAGCGCGGGGAGAUGUAAAGACAGACAAAUAGUUUUCCCAAUGAGACUGUAGAAGAGAGGAGCUAAUUGACCAAUGAAGACUGCGGGGCGGGACCCUCUGCCGCGGCGGAGUCCAAGAUGGCGGCGUGCGGUUCCGCUGUGUGAAACGAGCGCGGGGCGGCGGGUUAAUCAGUUCCGCGGAGAAGACCUCCGACGACCCGCUACAAUGAAGGGAAAAGAGCGCUCCCCAGUCAAGCCGAAACGCUCCCGUGGUGGUGAGGACUCGACUUCCCGCGGGGAGCGGAGCAAGAAGUUAGGGGGCUCUGGUGGCAGCAAUGGGAGCAGCAGCGGAAAGACCGACGGCGGCGGCGGGUCGCGGCGCAGCCUUCAUCUGGACAAGUCUAGCAGCCGAGGUGGUAGCCGAGAGUACGACACCGGUGGGGGCAGCUCCAGUAGCCGCUUGCAUAGUUACAGCUCCCCAAGCACCAAAAAUUCCUCGGGCGGGGGCGAGUCGCGCAGCAGCUCCCGGGGUGGAGGCGGGGAGUCACGUUCCUCUGGGGCCGCCUCUUCAGCUCCUGGCGGCGGGGACGGCGGGGAAUACAAGACAUUGAAGAUAAGCGAGUUGGGGUCUCAGCUGAGUGACGAAGCGGUGGAGGACGGACUGUUUCACGAGUUCAAACGCUUCGGUGAUGUAAGUGUCAAAAUCAGUCAUCUCUCGGGUUCUGGCAGCGGGGAUGAGCGAGUAGCCUUUGUGAACUUCCGGCGGCCAGAGGACGCGCGGGCGGCCAAGCAUGCCAGAGGGCGUUUAGUGCUCUAUGACCGGCCCCUGAAGAUAGAAGCUGUGUAUGUGAGCCGGCGCCGCAGCCGCUCCCCUUUAGACAAAGAUUCUUAUCCUCCAUCAGCCAGUGUUGUCGGGUCCUCUGUAGGUGGUCACCGGCACCCCCCUGGAGGAGGUGGUGGAGGCCAGAGAUCACUUUCCCCUGGUGGCGCAGCCUUGGGAUACAGAGACUACCGGUUGCAGCAGUUGGCUCUUGGCCGCCUGCCCCCUCCACCUCCGCCACCAUUGCCCCGAGACCUGGAGAGAGAGCGAGACUACUCGUUCUAUGAGAGAGUACGCCCAGCCUACAGUCUUGAGCCAAGGGUGGGAGCUGGAGCAGGUGCUGCUCCUUUCAGAGAAGUGGAUGAGAUCUCACCCGAGGAUGAUCAGCGCGCUAACCGGACGCUUUUCUUGGGCAACCUAGACAUCACUGUGACAGAGAGUGAUCUAAGAAGGGCUUUUGACCGUUUUGGAGUCAUCACAGAAGUAGAUAUCAAGAGGCCUUCUCGGGGCCAGACCAGUACCUAUGGCUUUCUUAAAUUUGAGAACCUAGACAUGUCUCACCGGGCCAAACUAGCAAUGUCUGGCAAAAUUAUAAUUCGGAAUCCUAUCAAAAUUGGUUAUGGCAAAGCUACACCCACCACCCGCCUCUGGGUAGGUGGCCUGGGUCCUUGGGUGCCUCUUGCUGCCCUGGCACGGGAGUUUGACCGAUUUGGCACCAUACGCACCAUUGACUACCGCAAAGGGGAUAGUUGGGCGUAUAUCCAGUACGAAAGCCUGGAUGCGGCUCAUGCUGCCUGGACCCAUAUGCGGGGCUUCCCCCUUGGUGGCCCAGAUCGUCGCCUUAGAGUAGACUUUGCAGACACAGAACAUCGUUACCAGCAGCAAUAUCUGCAGCCUCUGCCCUUAACUCAUUAUGAACUGGUGACAGAUGCUUUUGGACACCGGGCACCUGACCCUUUGAGGGGUGCUCGGGACAGGACACCACCGUUACUAUACAGAGAUCGUGAUAGGGACCUUUAUCCUGACUCCGAUUGGGUGCCACCCCCGCCCCCAGUUCGUGAACGCAGCACUCGGACUGCAGCUACUGCUGUGCCUGCUUAUGAGCCACUGGAUAGCCUGGAUCGCAGGCGGGAUGGCUGGUCCUUGGACCGGGACAGAGGUGAUCGAGAUCUGCCCAGCAGCAGAGACCAACCUAGGAAGCGAAGGCUGCCUGAGGAGAGUGGGGGACGGCAUCUGGAUAGGUCCCCGGAGAGUGACCGACCACGAAAACGUCAUUGCGCACCUUCUCCUGACCGCAGUCCAGAAUUGAGCAGUAGCCGGGAUCGCUACAACAGUGACAAUGAUCGAUCUUCCCGUCUUCUCUUGGAAAGGCCGUCUCCAAUCAGAGACCGACGAGGUAGUUUGGAGAAGAGCCAGGGUGACAAGCGAGACCGUAAAAACUCUGCAUCAGCUGAACGGGAUAGGAAGCACCGGACAGCUGCUUCCACUGAGGGAAAAAGCCCUCUGAAAAAAGAAGACCGGUCUGAUGGGAGUGCACCCAGCACCAGCACUGCUUCAUCGAAGCUGAAGUCCCCUUCCCAGAAACUGGAUGGUGGGACAGCCCCUGCAGCAGCAGCCUCUCCCAAACUCUGUUUGGCCUGGCAGGGCAUGCUUCUGUUGAAGAACAGCAACUUUCCUUCCAACAUGCAUCUGUUGCAGGGCGACCUCCAGGUGGCUAGUAGUCUUCUUGUGGAGGGCUCAACUGGAGGCAAAGUGGCCCAGCUCAAGAUCACUCAGCGUCUUCGUUUGGACCAGCCCAAGUUGGAUGAAGUAACUCGACGCAUCAAAGUGGCAGGGCCCAAUGGUUAUGCUAUUCUUCUGGCUGUGCCUGGAAGUUCUGAUAGCAGGUCCUCCUCUUCCUCGGCCACCUCAGACACUGCCACCUCUACUCAGAGGCCACUUAGGAACCUCGUGUCCUAUUUAAAGCAAAAGCAGGCCGCUGGGGUGAUCAGCCUCCCUGUGGGGGGCAACAAAGACAAGGAAAACACCGGAGUCCUUCAUGCCUUCCCACCCUGUGAGUUCUCCCAGCAGUUCCUGGAUUCCCCUGCCAAGGCACUGGCCAAAUCUGAAGAAGAUUACCUGGUCAUGAUCAUUGUCCGUGCAAAACUGGUGAACAACGGAUGAAGAUACAGAAUUCAAAGCUCUAAUGGACCUUUUUGAAGAGAAGUUGUGGCUUAUGUGGAGUUUACAUGGGCCUCUUGAUGGAAGAAAGCUAAUCUGUUUAGUAUUUGUGCAUUUUACUAAAAUGGCAGCUUAAAGUUGUGUAUCUGCUAUUGUGAUGCCAAUGCCGGUGUUUUAAGUGGAAAAAAAAUGACCUUGCUUUGUGCUGUGUACACAAGAUUUCUGGAAAAGAAAAACCCUUUUUAUGGCUCACACAGCUUAAAAGUAGCUGUCACUCAAACGUGCGCUCACAGUUGAGCUGCUUUUGUUUUAUUCUAAAUAAAUUGUUUCUUUUGAGGAAAAUGUUUUUCUGCCUGGAAGUGAAUUGACGGCAAACCUUUGACCCCUUUGUUUGCAGCUGAGGGGGUACUUGCUGCUGCUCAGAUCUUGUAUGUCUUGAGCAAGAAGCAGGGAGACCAUCAUUUUGACUAUCACAGUGUGUCAAUUCUGAAGGAUCACUAGUGUUACUGUGACCCCCUUUGUUUGCAGUGAAGGGGAUCAUUUGCUUCUCAGUCCUCAACUUUAUGAGGAAAUGGUGCUGUUUGCUGGCACGCAAGAAGCCGGGGCAAGCACCGUAAGCCUCACCACAGUGCACGAGUCGGGGGCUUUGCUGGUUUGAAGAGCCGGAGUUGCUGAAAUUUAAGUUUUGAUUUAUUUUGUUCACCCAUCACGUUUGGCCUUAGUUUCAUUUUUAAUUUGAAGAAAAGUUUGAAAUUGCUUUAUCUUGCUCUUAACAUUUGCACCAAAUUGCCAAAAGAAGGAGAAAUGCUCCGCUUGCUUUUUAAAUGUUAAUGAUGAUGUUAAUAAAGCCUUUCCUGACACAUUUGAGGAGCUCCUCCAUCUUCAGGGGCUUCUUGCCAGAGUUAUGCAGUGAUGGGUUUAGUUCUGAAUGGAUGAAGAGUUCCUGAGAGCUAGCGUUUGUAAUUAGAACCGUUACUUGGUAUCUGUGCCUUAUUUGACCUGUGGUUCCACAUGCCUUGGAUGUGCAUGCACCGUGACGGUUUCAUAGGUACGAACGCACACUCAGGCCCAGUCACUUCGGUUGGUAGUACAGAUUGUGAGGAAAAAAUGGAGGCAUCCUUAAGGAGGAAAAAGUGUUUGCCUUUAGUUCCUGCAUUAUCCUGUACAGGGGCUCCUGAGCUUUGGAAGCUGUUUCCAGUACAGGAGAACAACUCCCCUGUUUGCAGCAGGAGACUUCGGUGCACAGUGACAACGCUGGAGUUCAAGAGGAAGCCAGCAGUGCUGCACCAUUGGCUUCAGACACCAUUGUUGUUUGCCAGUUUUAAACUUAACUAGUUGCAGACGAAGACCACCUUGAAAUGCAGGCUUGUUGGGCUUGUUUUGAAUUUUAACCUCGGAUGGAAGAGCCCUAGUGCUGUCUGUCUCCAUGCGGGAUGAUGAUUACUUAGGCAACAGGUGAUUAUCAACAAAGGAUGCCACGCUUAUACUCUGCAAGGUGGUGUUCCAGUGGCAAACAGCUGUAUAAACUCUUGUAAACAGGAACUACUGACAAUCAAAAACCUAUAGCCGACUUUGGGAUAUGGCUUUAUUAUUCAGCAACUAAAAGAUGAGUUCUAAUUGGCAGACUUCUGGCAUUGGCAUUUGUCCUUCUGUUUCUGUAGAAACUGGGUUGGAAGUCAGAGCUGCACAAAGGGAAAGGGUAAGUUUCUUUUAAACUCCAUAUUUAUAAACCCGUAUUAACUGUGGCAUGGUAUCAGUUUUCACAUAAGGAUAUAUACAUCAGUGUACUAGAAGGCAAAUAUGAACUACUGAUUUUUACUUGAGUGGAAACUGACAUCAAGUCAUUAAAUGUAAUAGGAGGGUUUGAAUAUGGAUUUAUUUUUCUCGUGACUCUGACUUCACAUUUCUUGAAGCAGUGAACUCAGUAUGAUAAUUCUCACUUUCACUUAUAUCUCAUUUUGGGAUGAUAAAAUUGGUUUUUAUCCUCUUAGAUCUUUAUUGUCAUUUUCUGGUAAGUGAAAAUCGGGGUAUAAAAUAUGUACAGAGGACAUUUAAAAAGUCUGCAUGAAUUGUAAGUCUCUUCUCUGGGGCAAAGUCUGAUUCUUUCCAUUAUAAAACAAGUACUGUACAACUGACUAGUUUUUUAGCUUCUCUCCUCUCUUAGCCAAGCAGGACGAGGUCGUCUGUUGGGCACAUACAUGUGUUCUCAUCCAGGCAGACACCCAUUAAUCGCAGAACCUAAGACACCUGCCAGUUGGUGAGUUAUCUUAUUACUAUGGCUUCAGAGGACUAUGCUGCACAGCUGGGGCAUUUAGGCUUGACAUGGUUUAAUCAAGUGUGAUAAACUCCUCUGAUCUACAGGUUGGUGUUUUUAAAUAAUUUAUACUCAACUUUGACUAGUUGGGAUAUUGAAGGAAGGUAAUAUUAGCUCUUGUUCUUUAAAACUUAUCUAUCAUUUCCUUGGUCCUGAAAUACUGCUCUUAAGGGAUAGAUUUCUCUUUUCCUUGCUAAAAGAAUGUUGAUGUUGGUUGACACCAACCAAAGAGUGGGACAUCUUGGCUUUAUUUUGGCCCAAAUUGUUAGUUUUGUAAAAAUAGUGUAAAAGUGAAAGUUGGAAAUUUUUCAAUAGGGAAAGUUAAUUCAGUUUUGAAAAUUUCACUUCACAAGUCCUCGGUCAGUUAAUGCCUGAAAGUGGAUUUUCAUUAAAACUGUAAUGCCUCCCUUCUUAAGUACUACUGUGUAUCCUAUUUGUUUCUAUUUGCUCACUGGAGCUUGAAUGAUGUAAAAAUAAAUUGAAUUUGUGACUGUUGGUAAACGUGGAUAGAAAAAACUUUAGUCUCUAGCUGCCUGCUGUCAAGUAUCCAGACAUGCAGAUGUGUCUUUACUCCUUAGUAAGGGUGGCCAGCUUGUCCUGGUUUUAAAACGGAGAGUCAUAGAUCCCAGGAACUCACUGAUUUCCAGGCAAGCCAGACAGUUGGUCACCCUGUCUUAUUCUCUGCAUGCCUGAAACAAUGUCACUAGGUUGUUAUUGAUCAUCGUUUUGGAUAGAAGUAGAUUUUUACGAUAUGUUAGCUUCUGUUGGAAUGUACCAGAGAGUAAGUUCUUCUUUUUAAAGAAAUGAUAGUCUUAUUUGUCUCAAUGAUCCUAGGUAAUGCCAGCUUCCCUCUCAUAGAAAUAAAACAUGAAUUUUAAACUGAUUGAUUUAAAAGGUGAUUACAAGGACUGUUGUUGUUUUUCAUUUGUGUCCCCAUGUUAAGACCAUGGGUGAUAAAUGUGAGACAUUUAGGUAGAUAUUUGUGGUGAAUGAGUAGCCAAAUGAGGCAAAUAUAUAUGUAUAUAUGUCUUAAAGCCUUAUACAAGUAGAUUCUGUUUUAAGAGAAACACUCAAGGCUUUUAAGAAGUAUUGGGCUUUGGUUUUAUAAUGAGGUCCUCAGAGAAACUAGGUUUGGAUUUUUAAAAAUUACAUCUAAAAUCAAAUAUUAAUACACGGUGUGCUUUUGUUUUUCUCAUGGAAAAAGCCAGUUUUACAAUUAGGCAAGUUUAUGUGCUAAGGAGCUAAUUUUUUGCAAACAAACAUAGCAUCACAUAUGUUAAUAUGUCUAGAUUAUUUGAAAAAUAUCACAAAUUAUUUCAGUCCAUUUAAGUAUAAUUGUUGCUUUUAUUAAAUUUUAAACUUUUAGAAAAUCAUUAAAGAAGAAAAGCCAGGGGCUGUGAUCUAAUCAGCGUUGUUAAUUAGUUUUCAGAAUUGGCUCCAUUAGGACUAGCUUUGUAACUUUAGGCAAAUAACUUGGUCUUAAUUUGCUUUUGUCCUUAGGUGUAAGACAGGAAUAUUAAUACCAAUCCAUCUUCCUCACAGGAUUGACAUGAUGCUGAUGAGGUAAUAGGUGGGAAAGAACUUUAAAAACUUAAAAGUACUAUAAGGUGGAGUUUUAUUUAUUUAUUUAUUUAUUUAUUUAUAAAUUUAUUUAUUUUAUUUAUUUUUGGCUGCAUUGCGUCUUCAUUGCUGCACGCAGUCUUUCUCUAGUUGCCGCGAGCCGGGGCUACUCUUCAUUGUGCGUGGGCUUCUCAUUGCGGUGGCUUCUAUUGCGGAGCACUGGCUCUAGGCGUGCAGGCUUCAGUAGUUGUGGUGCGCGGGCUCAGUAGUUGUGGCACACGGGCUUAGUUGCUCCGUGCGGGUAGAGUUUUAGUAUCAGAAAUAGUAUUUCAUGAACAACGUAUAUAGAAAAUUCCUUUUCCAGUGGUGGUAUGACAUUUUCUUAGAGUAAGAGCAGCAAGAAAUGGUCUCUUAAUAGUUUUAAAUAUCUCAGCGAGUAACUGUGAAGAAAGUAUUACUGAACUUUUAUGUUCAAAUUAUCAUGGCUCUACUAAAUAUGUGUAUUUAUAGAUAAUACUUUAUAAACAUUUCAACUAAUAUUUUAGUAUUGAGGAAUUAUAAGUGGCACAUACUUAGGCAUUACCUUCUUUGGUCAGGGUUGGUGAAUAUUGGAAGACCUAAAAAAGUUCAUUAUCUUUAACAACUACAUUCUUAUUGCAUUGUAGCAGAUGUGUUUUGUUGCUUUAAUUUGUUUGUUUGUUUUGGUUCUUAGGUAUUUUGCAUCCUCUUUUUCAUUUCAAUCUAGAUAUUAAAAGUUUUUGCCAAUUUGAGUUGGAACGAAUUUAUUAUAAGAUAACUGCUUACAAUUAAAUUAGCUUCGUAAUCCUGUGACACUUUCAAGAAGCCAGGGUUGUCUGAAGGGGAAAGUGUAGGGUUUUCUGUCAGUUUGUGUUUGAGUUAUGACUCCUCUACUUACUGGGUGUUUAAUUACUUUGACCUUAAGUUUAUUCAUGUGUAAAAUAGUCAUCAUAGUAUUUUCUUCUAAAGUUUGUGAAUAUUAAAUUAAGAUUAAAUAUAAAAUGUGUCUGCCUCAGUGACUAGUAUGUAUUAGAUGUUGAAAUAAAGUUCUUCACCAGCCUACUUCUCCAAACACAUGCUAAGCCUGUUUGUUUCCUCUUUGUCCCAUGGGAUAUCUUGAGGGGGAAGGAGAUAGAAAAUCAGUGUACUCUUGCUUUUCUUGAAACCCUGUAUCUGUCCGAGAUAGUAUUUCUAGAUUAUGGUUACUUAGAAAUGUGUUAACAUCUUAUACUAUUGUUCAAGGGCAGGAGUAAAUGAAUAGGAACAUUUAAAGUUAAUUGUUAAUAUAGUGAAUACAUUAGUUAUGAAGUCUUUAGCUUCCUGUAGUCUAGGGAGUCAGUCUUUCUUGAUCCACACCGCCCAGGUUUAGAGGGGCUAUUAGCAUGGAGUAGGAUGAAGAACUGCUCUGUUGUGUAAGAGUCAUAAAGCCUAUGUAAAUCAGAAUUCAACUUGGAGUUCUUUAGUUGGUUCUACUUUUACUGUUUUGUGGGUUAUUUUUAUUUAUUUUUUUGGCCGUGCAGCUUGCGGGAUCUCAGUUCCCCAACCAAGGAUUGAACCCAGGCCAUGGCAGUGAAAGCCCUCAAUGCUAAGCACUAGGCCACCAGGGAACUCCCUGUAGUUGGUUCUGCUUAAAAUGUAUAGUUUGCUUUCAUAGGAGGAAAGAAUCUAGUUGCCCUAGGUAGUUAAAAGUCUUUUGAGAACAGUUAUUGCUCAAGAGGGAAGGGGGGACGGAUGAGAGUGGUUCCUAGUAAAUCAUUGAUUUUCUUAAUCUUGUGCUUUGAUGUAGAAAGAAGAAGAAAGGAAAUUAUCAGCUACUGUGUAUGAAGGGUAUUUUGCUUGGUACA